AUGAAGUUCAGCAGCGCUCUCGCUUUCCUGGCUGCGGCCGGAGCCCAGGCUCACUACACUUUCCCCAAGGGCUACUCCACUGGCGCCGUCUCCGGAGAAUAUGAACACAUCCGCAUGACCGAGAACCAUUACAGCCGCGGCCCCGUUGCCGACGUCACCUCGGAAUCCAUGACCUGCUACGAGCUCAACCCCGGCACUGGCGCCCCCAAGACUUUGUCCGUCGCGGCCGGAUCCAACUACACGUUUGUCGUCGGCGACAACAUCGGCCAUCCCGGUCCCUUGCACUUCUAUAUGGCCAAGGUCCCCGAGGGCAAGACGGCUGCCACUUUUGACGGCAAGGGCGCCGUUUGGUUCAAGAUUUACCAGGAUGGACCGUCGGGACUGGGAACCGGCCAGCUCACGUGGCCUAGUGCUGGCGCCACCGAGGUCUCCGUCAAGCUCCCCUCCUGCCUUGAGUCCGGCGAGUACCUCCUCCGUGUGGAGCACAUUGGUCUGCACAGCGCCGGCUCCGUCGGUGGCGCGCAGCUGUACAUUGCGUGCGCGCAGCUCAACGUGACGGGCGGCACCGGCACCAUCAACACCAGCGGCAAGCUGGUUUCCUUCCCCGGCGCGUACAAGGCCACCGACCCCGGCCUCUUGUUCAACCUCUACUACCCUGCUCCUACCAGCUAUACCAACCCCGGUCCCGCUGUUGCCACUUGCGAUGGUGGUGCCCAGAGCCCGGCUGCUCCUGCUCCUGCUGCGUCCUCCGCCCCUAGUGUUCCGGCCUCUGCCCCUAGUGCGACGGUCCCUGCUGUGAGCGCGACCAGCGCUGCUGCUGUGGGCAAGGCCAGCUCUGCUCCCAAGAAGGGCUGCAAGCGCGCCGCUCGUAAGCACUAA